UUUAGCUUAGUACAAGCACACAUCGCCAACGCACGAUCACACUUGACCAUUCCCGCGACAGGCAAUAUAAUUUGCAUUACAAGUAAUAGACUUUUUGUAACGUUGAUAAAUGUAAACACAAUUGCGAAUGAAAAUUAUUCUUAUUCUUUUCUCGACAAGCAUCGAUGUGCACAUCCACGCAUACAUUUAUAUAUAUGAAUAAAAAGCAAAGUCUCGCAUUCGCAGAAAUCUUAUCGAGCUUUAUGCGAACGUGAUACUCUGGCUGGCAAAUAAUAAUUAGCAUUGAGCUGAAACAAAUUGCCUCACGUCUAUUUUUGUAAUUUUUUUUUUAUAGGAUCAUACGUUUGUUAAAUUGAGUAAAUAAUGGUCAUUGAUAGUACAACACUGCCGAAAAAAAGUUGACCAUGUUCAGUUGAGAUAAAGAGAUGAGUGAGAUUGUAGAAAUUAUCGUUACUAGUGGUGGGAGGCGGAAACUAUCAUGCUGUUCUACCGAGUGUCAUGCUGUGUAUUGAAGAGAGAAUUGAGUAUUCGUCGUUCGUGCUAGCAGCGUUUUUUCUUGCCAGUCCGCACACGAGCCUGAUAACUAUACAGAUGAUAUAAGCUACGCUAUAUAAAAGAAAAUUUGAAGAAUUUAAUGUAAAAAAUGUCUAAACGCGCGUCAAAUUAUGUCAAAGCGGUCGAAGGAGGUCCACCACCGACACAUCAGGUGAUCGAAUCGAAAAUAUACAAAAGAAGAUGGGUGGUUUUGGGAAUUUUCGUUUUGUACAGUGCUUGCAAUGCCAUGCAAUGGAUACAGUACUCCAUCAUCACAGACAUCGUAAAACAAUAUUACGAUGUCGGAGAGUUUGCCGUGUAUAUGACCAGUAUGAUAUAUAUGAUUACUUACGUUCCUUUUAUUUUUCCUGCGAGUUAUUUUCUGGAUAAGUUUGGUCUUCGAUAUUCGACAAUUCUGGGCGCAGUGGGAACCGCUAUCGGUUCCUGGAUAAAAUGCUUCAGCGUAUCUCCGGAUCUAUUCUGGCUGACUUUUACUGGCCAGACAAUAGUUGCAGUGAGCCAAACGUUUAUAUUGUCAGUGCCAGCACGCUUGGCAGCCGUUUGGUUUGGACCCGAUCAAGUGAGCAGUGCUUGCAGCAUCGGCGUUUUUGGAAAUCAGCUUGGUGUGGCGAUAGGCUUUUUAUUUCCACCCAUGAUGGUUCCAGGUACCCCAGAUACACCAAAAAGUACUAUCGGCCAAGGUUUAUCACUUAUGUUUUAUCUCGUAGCCGGAGCUUCGAGCGUCAUAUUGAUUCUAAUAUUGUUAUUUUUCAAGGAUCAACCACCCUUACCACCAAGUCCAGCCCAAGCUGUGCAAAAAGAAGUCGAAGCUUCUGAACAUUUUAUGUCCUCUCUUAAGCGUCUAUUCACAAAUUAUGGCUAUCUAAUUCUGCUGGUCAGUUAUGCCAUUAACGUUGGAAUUUUUUAUGCCUUGAGCACUUUACUGAGUACGUUGGUUACAACACACUACGAGAAUGCUUCAAUUGACGCUGGACGCAUAGGUCUGAGCAUUGUGUGCUCUGGUAUGGUGGGAUCUGUUGUCUGUGGAAUUAUUUUGGAUAAAACCCACAGAUUCAAAGAAACGACAUUAGGCGUCUACAUAUUUUCAUUCAUUGGAAUGGUAAUUUUUACUUUUACAUUGGAUGUGGGUAAAAUUUAUGUUGUUUACAUAACUGCGAGCAUUCUUGGAUUCUUCAUGACCGGCUAUUUACCGGUUGGCUUUGAAUUCGCUGCUGAAUUGACAUAUCCCGAGCCAGAGGGUACAUCAGCUGGACUCUUGAACGCGAUGGUACAAAUUUUUGGAGUAGCUUUUAUCUCUCUGUAUACAGAACUCAUCGAAGUCUGGGGAGAUCAAUGGGCUAAUAUCGUUUUAUGUGUGAUUCUGUUUGGAGGAACAAUUCUCGCCUACAUUAUACCCAACGAUCUUCGACGACAAAAUGCCAAAUUUUAAACUAACUCUGAGCGCAUGUUUGGCCUAGCAAGUGUGUUACAUUAUCUUUACAUACUGCUAGGAGCUAAAAAAGUAAAUUAAAUAAAAAAUUGUAAUGUAAACAUAUGAAUGUGUGCGUGUACCAUACAAAUUCAUAUUUUUACAUUAUGAGAGAAGACAUCCGAACACAUUAGCCCUGUGCAUGUUAGGUGAUACAAAAUAUUCUGUGGUUUUUUCUAACGUAUAAUUUUGAUAUUUUACGGAAUGACUGUUUUCGUUAUUGGUAUUUUUGAGAUCAAUAUUGUUAUUGUGAUAUUUUGUUGAUUGAAAAAAGGCCUCUCACGUAGGCUACAACUCUAACCGCCCACAAAUAGUCGUACAAAAUUCGCAUGUAACAUGGAAAAUCAAGUUUUAAAAAAUUAAUCGUAUCUUUGUAUUAAAUUUAACAUAUAUGUAAUUGUACAUAUAAAAAAGACAGGCUCUGCGUAGCGACGUACUUUGUUCAAAUAAGACGAAAAUUUAACGACGACAUUUUUAACAAACCUGAUGGUGCAUUUGGAAAUAUAACGGUCUCGCCGAGUUAUAAUUUAAUACUCUGUUUAUAAUAGCAAAGGACAGUUGAUACUCAUUGAGAGGUACUAAUUUAUCAAUAGUAUUCUAAACUUCCCAUUCAAUAUUGUUUGAACAAAAUUAUGAAACCGCCGAAAUCAUAAAUUGUACUAAAUGCGCCGAAAUCAAAUUUUAAAAAUUUUUUAAUUGUUGACUUUUAAAAGUUGAAUACUCUGCAAAUAAUUGUUCGUAUUUGACCCCAGUAAAAACCAAAAGUAAAAUAAUUGUAAGAAAGAAGAAAGUCAACACGAUUGUUGUACAACCAUCAAAUAAAUGAAUUUUAUACUCUUUACCUGAA